AUGAAAAGAUUGGCUCCAGUGCAGCCAGAGACGUGGUCUCAGUUAAGGGAGGAGGAAAUCGAGGAGCAAGAGAACCAGUUAUUGGAAGCCCAGGCCCGAUUGGGAGAUUUGUUGGCCGAGCGGCGGCAAAUGGCCGAGCGCAUCCGAUUGCUUGAGGCCGCGAACCAAUCCGCGGAUGCAGCUGAUGCAGCUGUGGUGCAAGACGAGCUCAGCCGCGAAUUGGACGAUGUUUCGAUGGCUCUAGCUGGUGCGCUGGAUCGGCUGGCUACGGCUGCUGAUGUCGCCGAACGGCUGCGUCGUGAAAGCGAGGCAGAGACUCAAACGUUGGUGGUUGAGCAGGCAGGGCUGCGCGCACAUGCAGUUCUUGACGAAAAUCAAGAUGCCCAGCCCUUCGUGAUGGACUGGAGCCCAUGA